UUUUAUAGUUGUCUCAAGUGAAAAAUUCUGUACACAUAAAUUAUUACUCAUUAAAUAAGUUGAGUAAUCAUCUAAAAAAUCUUAUUACGUACCUUUUCUUAUUGAUUUCUUCAAAACUUUUUUUUAGAGGUGCUUAACAAGCUACAGUUUAUUAGCCACAAGUUUUUUAAUAUGUACAUUUGUUAAUUAAUAAUUAAAUGAGUGUAUGAAGAAUAAAACAACAAUGGAGAGGUUAGAUUUAUUCGAGCAGCAACGACGCAAGGAUAGACGAAGACGGCGAGGCUGGACCGUCGUGGUGGGCCACGAAGUUCGUUUUGAUAAUGAAAAUGGAGCUUCAACUCUGGAUGGGGCUGCAAGCGGAGGAGGUUGUACCUCACCUAGUACUGGUCUUGUACUUCAAGCGAUGCCCCAGAGACGAGAGAGCUUUCUGUACCGUAGUGACAGUGACUUUGAGAUGUCGCCAAAAUCUAUGUCUCGCAAUAGCUCUAUCGCUAGCGAAAGAUUGAAAGAGACCGAGCCACCUGCCGAAAGAGCGUAUGUACUUGAUGUUUAA